AUGAGCUGCUCCUGUCGGGCCACGCCAUGGAGGAUCUUUGUCCAGGGACUGUCGCAGGUGCAUAGGGUUGACGCUGCGCCUCUGACCCGUUCCAUCCCCUUUGCGUCGACGCUUCGCCAGCACGCGGCUGUGCAAGCUACGUCGAUUGCUGCGCCGCCGCAGGGACGUCGAUUUCACACAGUCAAAGGACAUAUGCAGGGUCUGGAAAAUACAGCGGCCGCGGUGCAAAGAGUGGCAGGGGACGAAGUUCCGACGGCAACCUCGCACGACGUGCUGAGCUCCUCACAACGGGACAUGGGUGAAAAGAAGCCGCAACCACAGUCGCAGCAUCAGCCGCAAGUCAGGAGACAAUUGCGAGCCCCGAGGAGGAAAGAUGUAACGGUCGAAGGUGGGCCCGCGUUGGAAAUGGCAGCGUCGGACAGCCAGCCGAAUAUCAAGCAGCGUCGAAAGGCUCAGGCAAACGUGCCUCCCCUUGUUGAGAUGGGCAAGAGCGAACCGAUCAAGACGGAGCGAGAGAAAUGGCAAACACAGAAGGCGGCGCUGAAAGAAAAGUUCCCCGAAGGAUGGAAGCCGCGCAAGCGGCUCUCCCCAGACGCGCUCGCAGGCAUCCGGGCCCUCAACGCGCAGUUUCCCGACGUCUACACAACAGAGGCUCUCGCCGACAAGUUUCAAGUCUCGGCCGAGGCCAUCCGCCGAAUACUCAAGAGCAAGUGGCAGCCGUCAGUCGAGGAGGAGACGGACCGGCAGGAGAGGUGGUUCAAGCGUGGCAUCCAAGUCUGGGAGCGCCAGGCCGCCCUGGGUAUCAAGCCGCCAAGGAAGUGGCGGAGGGAGGGCAUCGUGCGCGACCCGGAAUACCAUGAGAAGACCAGAAAGGCGUCCGAGAGGGAACGUCUGUGGGAAGACAAGGAGAACAAGAAGUACAGCGAGCACAGGGCGAGAACGCGGAGGGCCGGCGGUCCAUGA